AUUUUGUUUCCCUUCUUGUUUUUUUUCUACUUGUAUCUGCUCUUUCACUCUCUUACUUUGUGUCUCGACUGUUCACUUUGAGUGAUACAUAUAGUGCUUCAUGUUACUUCCAAAUCUGUUGAAAAUUACUCAAUUUCAUAUCUAAACCUUUAUUAUUUAUACUUGUUAACUAUUUGUUUAUAUUGUUUUAUUUUAUCUAUAUUGUAAAUGGCUAUGAUAUUUGGUAAAAAAGGAUCAUACAAAGAAUAUUGUUUUUCAGUGAUUUUUCUCUAAUGAAUACAUCCAUAUAUGUACCGUAUACGGUGACCUUGUUUUUCUUUACUGGAUUGGUUAAUCACAUAUGUACUAUGCUACGGUGCUAUUGAUGAUGAUAAAAGGGUAGGAUCAUAGCUUGGAGGAAAACAAAACGAAUCUCAACCUCCUAUCUCCUGUUGAACGCUAAGGCCUAAAAAUUUUACUUUCAGCUUAACACAAGCUGAGUGUUUAUUCUGAUUCCUGCCUUUCUUUGAAACAUGACAAUUACUUUAUCUAUCUGGUCAUGGGUUAUUUUGACUUCUGGAAUCGUCCAAGCAACCCAUUCAGCUACAUCCAGUCACAAUCAACAUGAAUCAUCUCAUCUUUUGACAACCUUUCCUUCUGGUUCAUUUUUAAUCCAAAGAGAUAAACCUAUUACUUCCCAUGGCAAACCAUCUAUAGUAACAUCACCUGAAUCAUCAGCGUUAUUCUCUACAUUCACUAGACCAAAGCAAUCAUCAUCAAAUGGCUCUAACCUGAUAGCUUCAUUCCAUGCUAACCAUACUCAUCGAAACCUUUUGAGAUAUCCGCUUGAAUCUAGUAAAACUUUGACUUUGCAUGGAAGUCACUAUUUUGUUCAAAAUCUUAGCUGUGACAACAUUGAGCUUUUAGGAGGUCGAGGAUCAAUUUUCAAUCCAGGCUACCCUUAUUCAUACACCAAUGAAACCUUCUGUUCAUGGACUCUUACAGCAAAACCUCAUGAAAUAAUCACUUUAAGUUUUGACGACUUGGAUAUUCCUGAAAUCGUUAAUUCAUGUAAUCCUUCUCUGGGCAACUCUAUAGUCGGUAAAACUUGCUGUCAAGAUAGUGCCGUGAUCAUACAAUCUAUCGACAAUAAAACCAUUCCAGAGAGAAGAUUUUGUGGCCGUAGUGAAGAUAAUAGAGACAUUUUUCAAACAUACAUAAGUGAAGGAGAAAGCAUAAAAAUAUUGUUUAAUGGUAUUUAUGCCAAUAGAACGGGAGGUCGCGGUUUCCAUGCGACUUACAGUAAAACAUGGAUUGGAAAACCAUGUGUUCUAGAAUCAGAAUCAAGAUGUUCGAAUGGAAAAUGUAUAGAUAAAUCUUGGAUGUGCAAUAGAAGAGAUGAAUGUGGCGAUAACUCAGAUGAAGCCAAUUGUGAUCAUGUUUGUCGGGAAUCAAAUGAAGCUCAAUGUUUAAAUGAAGAUUCUCACACCUUUUCUUGUUACUCUUUCCCCAAAGACCGUUGUGAUGGUAAUUGGAACUGUGCUAAUGGUACAGAUGAACGAAGCUGUGAUAAAUGUCCACAUGGGAUGUUUGUUUGCUCUGCUGGUUUAAUCUGUUACUCGGAACGAGCUCGUUGUAAUGGUAAUUGGGAUUGUGUUGAUUUUAAAGAUGAACUUAACUGUGGACUUUGUGGACCUGAUGAAAUUUCAUGUGGGUUCGACGACUUAAAAAAAUGCUUCAACCCUUUUACUCAAAGGUGCGAUGGUGUUUUCGAUUGUCCCAAUGCUUUUGAUGAAAUGGGUUGUGAAAAACAUCGUUGUGCUAAGAAAAUUUUAUGUGCCAACAAUGCUAAAUGUUUCUUCCGUGAUGAGCGUUGCAAUGGUAUUGCUGAUUGUUCUGAUGGGUCUGAUGAAAGAAACUGUACGAAAGAACUUUGCCGACAUGAUCACGGAGCAUUUCUUUGUGCUAAUGGACAAUGUAUCCAUUCAAUUCAAGUAUGUGACACAUCUCUUGAUUGUGACGAUGGAUCUGAUGAAAUAAAUUGUACCACUGAACAGUGCCGUCCUGAACAGGGCAACUUUCUUUGUACAAAUGGUAACUGUAUCCAAGCUAUUUUAACCUGUGAUCGAAGUAACGAUUGUGGAGAUUCAUCAGAUGAAAUAAAUUGUCUAAAAAAUAGUGUUAUCACAGCUGCUCUUAUGGGAUCUCUUAUCUGCGGACUUUUACUUGUUAUUGCUAUAAGUUGUACAUGUAAAUUGAUUGCUUUGCGUCAAAUUGAACAGCAACGUCAAGCUCAAGACGAUUCUUAUUGCGGUUCCGCAACUAAUAAUCUUUACUCUUCAUCACAUAUUUACCAAAGGUACUUUCCAUUCGCUCGUAGUAAUAGUCAUUCAACAUCGCCUCUUUUCAGUCCAGACUCUGAAUAUUUUUAUCGAGAGCCUCCUCCAAGCUAUGCUUCAGCGGUUUCUGGUAUUGAUGAAUAUGGAGCUGGAUGUUCAUCUUCUUCAUCUCGUCGACGACCUAGAAGAUUAAGACCUAGAGGUCGAAGGCGUCCGCCUAGUCCACCACCAUCACAACAAUCACUCACAGAAUCUGAUGGUAUUUAUAAUACUGGUGUUUUUCAACGACCAAGCAUUUGCUCAAACAUACCAGCAACUAUGAACAUACUUUCGAUACCCACAACGGGCUCAAUCAAUAUUAGACCAACAAUGAAUGAAGCAACAACUUCAUCGACUCUAUCAGCAACUCAAAGUAAUGCUGUAUCUGAUAUUGAAGAACCAAACUGUACAACAUCCUCCAAUCAUCCUUUACUCACACAAAAUAAUCAACAGUCUCAAAAUGGUGAUAUUAGUUGUAGCAAUGAACGUUCUAGUAAAAAUGAAGAUGAAGACGGGUCUAGCCAAUCAACAGAAAUUGGACCAGUGGGAAGUGAUGAUUCAAAUGAUUCUAUUCAUCAAUCAUACCAUCAUAAUUGUUCAACAUCAUCGACUGUAACAAUAGAGUUAAAUAAUAUACCAUCACAAUCUUCUCAGCUUGACUGUGAUCAACAACCUCUGCUCAGUGGAUGAUAAUUCCUUAUUGUUUUGUUCUCUUUUUUAAUGUGUAUAUAUAUACAUAGAUGUAACCAAUAUUUAGAAAAUAACCUGGAAAAGGGCAUUUUUUGAUUGUUUUCGCAAGAAAAGGCGGUAGUUUUUAAUGGCCCACCAAAAUCUGAAAUAUAUUCAAAUUUUGGGCCCAUUUGUCUCAAAAAAAGAAUCUGAACUAUGUAUACUUUAUAAAUAAUAUAUAUAUAAAUCUUAAGUUUAACAUUUAUCCUAAAAA